ACUAGUCACGUCACCAUGGUAGUUGCAGAACUAGAAAAAACGUUGAGCAGCUGUCCUGCUGUUGAUUCAGUCGUUAGUCUCCUUGAUGGAGUAGUUGAAAAGCUAAGUGUCCUCAAGAGAAAGGCAGUUGAAUCAAUCCAAGCUGAGGAUGAGAGUGCAAAGUUGUGCAAACGCAGAAUUGAACACCUUAAAGAACACAGCAGUGACCAGCCAGCAGCUGCCAACAUGUGGAAAAAAAAACGAAUGGAUCGCAUGAUGGUGGAGCAUCUUUUGCGCUGCGGCUAUUACAACACAGCGGUCAAACUCGCCAGACAAAGUGGCAUCGAGGACUUGGUAAAUAUUGAGAUGUUCUUGACAGCCAAAGAAGUGGAAGAAUCUUUGGAAAGACAGGAGACCAUGACUUGUUUGGCUUGGUGUCAUGAUAACAAAUCAAGACUCAGGAAAAUGAAGGGCCGUCAAAACGAGAGCGAAAUGAAGACGGGACGCAAAAGUAAAUCGGCCAGUGAUUCCCCUAGAGAGAAUGAUGAUCUUGUUAUGGAAACCCUAAAAGGAAAACCAGAAUUGGUAUGUAAAUACUAUCACAUCCUUCUACAAUUAAAAAAAAAAAAAAAAAAAGACAAACCUUUACAUGCAAGAAAGCAUUUCAGUCAAGCUGAAGGAAGUCAAUUGGAUGAGGUUCGACAAGUGAUGGGAAUGUUAGCCUUUCCUUCAGACACUCAUAUUUCUCCUUACAAGGAUCUUUUGGACCCUGCCCGAUGGAGGAUGCUGAUUCAGCAGUUUAGGUAUGAUAAUUACAGGCUACAUCAGCUAGGAAACAACUCGGUCUUCACCAUCACACUCCAGGCAGGCCUUUCUGCCAUAAAAACACCACAGUGUUAUAAAGAAGAUGGAAGUUCAAAGAAUCCAGACUGCCCCGUAUGUAGUAAGUCACUCAACAAGUUGGCCCAGCCUCUGCCCAUGGCCCAUUGUGCUAACUCUCGGCUAGUCUGCAAGAUUUCUGGAGAUGUCAUGAAUGAAAAUAAUCCACCCAUGAUGUUACCAAAUGGAUAUGUUUAUGGCUACAAUUCCCUGCUUUCUAUUCGUCAAGAUGACAAAGUCGUUUGCCCAAGAACCAAAGAAGUUUUCAACUUCUCACAAGCUGAGAAAGUGUACAUCAUGUAGGAUCCCCAUGGCCCCAAGAUGGAGUACCAGUGCCGGCUGGAAUGGGACACAGCAUAGGGGGUGGCCUGCCUAGUUGGGGGUGGCCUUUUGUGGCGAAGAAGCAUAAUGUGCCAUCUUGAGGAUCAAACCUGUCGGUGGCAAUGUUGUUUCUUGCGACCAAAGAUCAAUGAGCAACAAUAAAUACUCUUAGAGAGACAGGAAAUAUGACUUAAUAAGUUUGUACUUGAAAACAACAUUUUGAUUGGUAGGAUUUUGUAACAUAAGUCACAAAUUUGAUGCUUCUGAAAAGUACUUUAAUCUUUCAAAACUAAAUUUUCUUUUAAGGAUGACUUAAACACUGAGGGACCUUUAGACCCACUUAAAAAUGUGACUCAAUUCUUUUCCCCAUUUGUUUUUCCAGUUACUCUCCUUUUUUUGCUAAUGAUCAUACAUGGAAAAACAAGGGGGGGUUUCUCCAUGAAAGCUUCUUGUGUUCUCUGCUAUGAAUGCUGUAGUGAAGUGAUGACACUGAGUAUAAGACGUUGCAUUUCCAGAGAUGUGAUGAUCAUGAAAUUAUGACUUCAUCCUAGAAUUGAGCAGAAGUUGUUUGUUCCAAACAGAAGCUUAAGGAUGCUGCCAAGAUACCAGGAAAACAUAGCAUGGCAAGCAAAUUAAAUGGCUUGUUUUUAUAGACUCUUCCAGUUUGCCCUCCUCGUGUGAAAGUCUUUCUAAAGUUCUUAGUUAUCUGCAUAGGGGUUAAUAUCAAAUCAUUAGUGCUACUGCCUUAUUUCUUGCUUUGAGAAUGUAUUCACAUGAAAAUCAGCUAGUGUUGGACAGUUUCUGAAGAGGCCUUGCAGGAUGGUAACAUAAGUCUAGGGUCUAAAUAUUCAUUGCAGAAACUAAUAGUUCAGCUUCAACAAUUACUGAUGACUUUUCCAAACCAACCAACCAACCAUUGUAGCUUAAACAAAACCAUAUUGUAGAGGUUUGUAUUUAGCGCUUAUUUUUGCAUGUUGAUGUUGAUUAGCUAAUAAAAAAAAAUUGUAAAUGUAAAACAUGUUAAUAAAAAUUGUUUUCCAUUUCUUACUUA